GCAAGAUAUACAUGAAGGGGAGCACCAUGCACCCGAAUUUAUCACAUCUAUCUCUUCUUCUAAUGAGUGGACUCAUCGUAGAGAUGUUAUGGCCCAAGAAAUGUAUAAUAACUAUAGAGCUAAUCACUGAGCUAUGGAUAGUACUGAAACCAACGCAAGAGGAAGGGGAAAAAAUAAGAGGAAGUGGACUAUUGUUGAAGAUGAUGAGCUUAUUAAGGCAAUGUAUGAGCUGUCCAUGGACCCAAAGUGGAAAUGUGAUGGUGGUUUCAAAAAUGGCUACUCGUCUGUUCUGGAAGCUCAACUUGCAAAAAGCCUACCUGGUCAUAACCUAACAGCAGUUCCACACAUUGAGUCUAGAGUGAGGCACUUUAGGACCAAGUUCGGUGCAAUUGAAGUAAUGCUGGCAAGGAGUGGUUUUACCUGGGAUGAUCAGAGAAAGAUGGUGCAAUGUAAGAAGCAGCAAUAUGAUGAUCAUUGUAAGACUUUCACUGAAGCUAAAGGAUUGUAUGGUGUUUCAUUUUCAUACUAUGACACGCUAUCUGCCAUAUACAGUAAAGACAUUGCAACUGGAGAAAAUGUGGAAGGCUUUGAUGAGGCAAUAGCUAACUUGGAACAGAAAAUCCCUAUUGAGAUUGAUGAAGAUGAUGAAGGAUCUAGGGCAACAGGAAAAAGGCCCAUGGCUAGCCAAUCAGGUGCAACUUCCGGUUACAAGAAGGCAAGGAGAGAGAGAGCGCAGACUAGGGUGAAUCAAGAUCCUAUGAUGGCAUUGUUUGGCGAGGUGCAUGGUGAAUUGAAGAGUGUCUCUGUCCAUGUCGGAACUAUGGCGCAGGCUGCCAUUCGUGAGCUAGAAAUGCAGGAGAAAGCUAGUUCUGAAGACCCCAAGGAGAAGCUCAACAAGAUGGCACUUGAAGAAUUAAAACGUCUGGGUUUCACAGGUUCUGAAAUAGUUCGCUCUUCAAGAAUCUUUGUGACAGAACCUGAUGAAAUUCAUAUGAUGAUGGCAAUGCCAGAAAAUCUAAGGAGAGAAUUUGUUUUAGCGAUGCUCAAAGGGAAGUAA